UCUCCCAUCCACUAUGUACUAGCUUUGAUAAGCAAUGCAGUACAGUGCUGUCGUAUAGCUUCCAUCCCCAAAAAUCAACGUUAUCUGCUAUGCUCCUUUUGACCACUCAGAUGGCGAAGGUGGCCAUGAAGAAAAAGAAAGUUGCCACUCGCUUCUUCAAAGUCAUGUUACCCGGCUACCUGAACGAGCUUCCAAUUCCUCCUAAAUUUGCCAGAAAUUUGUCAGUACAGAACCACAGAGCAGCAACUAUAAGAGAUCCUCUUGGCAGAUCAUGGCCUGCAAAUGUUGAAGGAAAAGGUGAAGAUCUGUGGUUCUGUGGUGAAGGAUGGAUGAAUUUUGUUAAAGGGCUUGAUAUAGGAAUAGGGUAUUUUUUGGUGUUCAAAUACAAAGGCAACAUGAAAUUCUAUGUCAAGGUGUUUGAUCUGACUGCUUGUGAGGUGGAGUAUUCUCAUGAAAUAUGCAGUUAUAGCAAAAGAUUUGAACUGUCAUCUACUUUAAACAAGCAAGGAGAAGCCAAAGCAUCAAAGACUGCAGAGAAACUGAUUAAGCAGUUUUGCAAGUCACUUGGACCACAUUUUAGCAUCACCUUAAAGUUUUGCAAUCUCAGGUCCAGACCUUAUCUGAAUGUUCCACUUGGAUUUCUAGCAUCAUACAGAUUUGAGAACAAGAGCAAGGUGAUACUGGUUGACCCAAAAGGCCGGUCGUCGCCGGUGAGGAUUACGAUCAGGAAACGGCGUCCCAUAAUCCAAUGUUGCUUUGGAAUGGGGUGGCAUGAAUUCUGCUUGCGAAAUCAUCUAUCUGCCGGCGACAAAUGUAUCUUCGAGAUCAAAUCAGAGGAAGCAGACGCUUACAUUGUGCAUGUCCACAUUAUCAGAGAAUGAGAUAUCUAUCAGAUAUGAAAGAAAUGGUGAUAGCAACAUCCAUGUUCUUGAUCCUGUAUGACUAAGUUUUCUUUGUUGAUAUUUUUUAGUUUUGUAACUGUAAGAUAAAGUCUGGAAGAGCAGACAAAUUUUGUUGAAUAAAACGCUCUGAAUCUGUUCUGCUAUUCCAUUUGAAAAAUGUUAGAUAAGAAGAAGUGGGUAAUGGUUGGUUUUCUGAAUUCAUUUUCUUUG